UGCUGCCGACCGACAGACGCGUCGCGGGGAGUUCUCACGCAAACACGACGUGACCUGAAACUUCCAGGGUUUCGUUUUUUUUUUUUUUUACUCCAUAUCGAGGUUUAACGCAGAUACGCGUCUGAAGUGGCAGGAAUAAACGCGUUUAAUCGAGUCUCAGGUGAACACACCUGUGCGCGCGACGCGCUGAUGAUGGAUCGCGCGUUUCUGGACUGAGAAGGACACGCGCCUGGCAGCAGCCCGGGAAGGAGGAGGGAUACCCAUCGCGGAGUCCUCGACACUGCCGUCCACCCGGGGGAGCGCUGCUGCCAUCCACCGGGGGAGGGAGUAGACCGACCGCCCGGACGCGGUGAACGGCCGCCAUCCGCGAGGCGAGUGGGGACUGGACUCAUCGACCGCCUGGAGCGAUGGAGCCGCUGCCAGGGACGGAGGAGAGCCCUGCCAUCCCUCAGAAACACGGAGGAGUCGGAGGAAGACUGCCGUCCGCGAGGGGAGGAGGGAAGUGUCUCCCCAACCAUCUGAAGCGCUUGGAACACAUAGAUUAUACAUAGAGAAUAAUUAUAAAGACAUCAAAAUAAUAAAGCUGUGAGGGCGAUCAGAGAGAUUCUUUGGUAAUUGUUGGUAAUGAGAAGGAGCGGCCACUCUGCCAGCUGGCGGGUCUCCAGAUGUGUGUGGCUGCUGAUUGGAGGAGGGUGUACUGGUGGGUGGUCCUCCAGUGGAUAGUAGGUGCGGCAUUAGCAGGGCCCUGUGCCCAGCGCUGUGACUGUUUGCCAAAGCUCCACAUGGUCAACUGUUCAUCAAGACAACUGACCUCUGUUCCAGAGGGCUUUCCGGAAUAUGCCCAGAGGCUGAACUUGACUCAUAACCACUUAAAAACUCUGAUGAAGCGGCAGUUCUCUGGCCAAACACAGCUACGGGAGUUGGACCUUAGUGAUAACAUGCUGACAAUCAUUGAGGUUGAAGCCUUCUUUGGUCUGCAAAACCUCCUGAUGCUGAGAGUUUCCCGCAACCGACUGAAGAUUAUUUCAGUUGGAGCAUUUUCUGGCCUUCCAAACGUUCGACUGCUGGACAUCAGCGAGAACGAGAUCUUGGUGUUCCUGGAUGACAUGUUCCGAGAGAUGCCAUCUCUGCAGAAGCUGGAGGCCAGCGAGAAUGAUCUGGUCUUCAUCUCAAACCGUGCGUUCAGUGGUCUGAUAAACCUGCAAGAGCUUAACCUCAACAGGUGCAACCUGACAUCGGUGCCAGUGGAGGCGAUGUCUCAACUUACGGGCCUCUUGCAGUUGCGCUUCUGCAGAAUGGGGAUCACCACGUUGCCCAAUAACUCGUUCCACCAGCUGAGCCGUUUGAGGGACCUCAGAGUGUCUCACUGUCCCUGGCUGGACUCGCUAGCCAUCAACAGUCUGAUUGGACUCAAUCUCACCUCCCUUACUCUCAGCCACUGUAACCUGAGCUCCAUACCGUAUUCCCCACUGCACCACCUGGUCUACCUGCGCUACUUGGACUUGUCCUACAACCCCAUUACCAGCAUCCAGUCCAAUCUCCUGGGGGACUUGUUACGAUUACAGGAGCUGCACUUGGUUGGCGCAAGUUUACUGAGAGUGGAACUCGCUGCAUUUCGUGGUCUUACCUUUUUUCGCCUACUCAACGUGUCAUCCAAUCACUUGGUGACGCUGGAAGAAUCAGUGUUCCACUCCGUAGCUACACUGGAGGUGCUGAGGUUGGAUGGGAACCCACUGGCGUGUGAUUGCCGUCUGCUCUGGGUGAUGCGUAGACGUCUGCGUCUUCGCUUUGAAGGGCAGCCACCAACCUGUGCCUCACCUGUACAGGUACAAGGGAAAAGGUUCGGUGACUUUACAGAAGCAGAACUUCCAUGGCUGUUCACCUGUCGGCAUGCACGUAUUCUCACUCGUAAACCACAAGAUGUUCGUACAGAUGAGGGUCAUAGUGUCCUGUUCUUCUGUGAAGCAGAUGGAGACCCUGCACCUUCUAUCACUUGGCUGAGUCCGAAACGCUCCCUCCUUACGGGAUCCGGUAGAAUUCGCGUACUAAGCAACGGGACCCUUGAGGUGCGUUACGCACAGGUUCAAGACAGCGGCUACUACCUGUGCAUCGCUUCCAAUGCUGCGGGAAAUGACAGCAUCUCUGUGAGCCUGCGGGUACGUGGAUUUCCUUCUUCUACUCGAAAUCGUUCUGGUCCCUUCUUUCUGGAGGGGUGGAACAUUGUGUCUGGACAAGCACCAGGCAACGGCUCUCAGGGUUCACAGCAAUUUCCGUUUGACGUGAAGACGCUGGUGAUCGCGGUGACAAUGGGUUUCUUGUCAUUCCUGAGCUCGGUGGUGAUCUGUUUCAUCUUCAUGUUUUUAUGGAGUCAGAGCAAAGGCCAAAUCAAACACACAGCAACUAUUGACUUCGUCCCACGCAGCUCUGCGUCAGCGGGAGGGGGUGGAGGGUCGUCCGUGGAGACGGGCAGGUUCACCAUGAAGCUGAUCUGAAAACUACAAAACUGAGUUUGAAGAUGCAUUGAGAUGCGUUAAACCUUUGCUAUGUGCUACCAUUAUAAUAUGAUGAACAAUGUCAUGGCUGACACAUUUUCACCAGGUUUUCCCAGAUUAUCCGGAGUUUCUAUCUGCUCAUUUCAGAGCUACUGUAAUCACGUUCCUCACACAAUGCUAUCUAAUGACAUCUAAACACUUUCACUAUAGCGCAUGACUCAUUUGAACAUUUGUACGACAUAAUCAACUACAUUUACAAGCUUGUUCAAGUGUGAUUAAAUUGUGCGUUAGCUCGACUGAUAGAGCGUUACACUAGUGAUGUAAAGGAGCGGUAUACGAGUCCUGAAGAGCACACGGGACAACACGUGAACCCAAAGUGUCAUAGAAGCACCAAAAAAAGUGUUGUUCACCUCACGUUUGCUUUUAUGACACUUUCGGUUAGGUUUUGUUGAUUUAAACUCGAUAGAGCCAUCCAUCCAUCCAUCCAUUUUCAACUGCUUAUCCGAAGUCGGGUCGCGGGGACAGCUGCUCCAGCAGGGGGCCCCAAACUUCCCUAUCCCGAGCCACAUUAACCAGCUCUGACUGGGGGACCCUGAGGCGUUCCCAGGCCAGUGUGGAGAUGUAAUCUCUCCACCUAAUCCUGGGUCUUCCCCGUGGCCUCCUCCCAGCUGGACGUGCCUGAAACACCUCCCUAGGGAGGCGGCCAGGCGGCAUCCUUACCAGAUGCCCAAACCACCUCAACUGACUCCUUUCGACGCAAAGGAGCAGCGGCUCUACUCCGAGCUCCUCACGGAUGACUGAGCUCCUCGCCCUAUCUCUAAGGGAGAAGCCCGCCACCCUUCUGAGGAAGCCCAUUUCGGCCGCUUGUACUCGCGACCUAGUUCUUUCGGUCAUGACCCAACCUUCAUGACCAUAGGUGAGGGUAGGAACAAAAAUUGACCGGUAUAUCGAGAGCUUUGCCUUCUGGCUCAGCUCUCUUUUUGUGACAACGGUGCGAUAGAGCGAGUGCAAUACCGCCCCUGCUGCCCCGAUUCUCCGGCCACUCGAUGGAGCAUUAUUCUUAAUAACGGCAUCUGUUUGGGAGAACAUUUAACUCGCUUUUAGCGCCACACAGUGGACAUUUCACCUCAUUUCACCUCUGUAUCAGAUCAGGCUGGUCAAUAAAACAAGCAAGCACACAAACGGCACUUUCUGCACUUUGGGGUUUUGGGUCUGUGUGGAAAAUUACCACUUGGAAGUAAAUUUGAGCUGCCGCCUCAUGUACGUUAGAUUUCACGACGAUCAGGUUUGUAAUAGUUCAAUAAUUUAUGGCCAUUAAGAAAACACUCGGCGUUAACUCGACUUUAUCACUUUAUGUUCUGCAUAAAGCCGUGGUUCUGCACUUCCAAAAAAACAUGUUCUUACUUUAUAUUUUUGUCUUGUUUUCCAGUAAAAAUAUCAAACAAUUAUUUAAACGUGAGAAAUUUACUUUAGCAAAAUGACAUCAUAUUUUUGACUUGUUUUCAGAGAAAUCUAAUAAAAUAGUAACGUUUAUGAUUAUAACAAGAAAAAACGAUACGCCAAUGGGGUAAUUAGAAAUGGGUUUUUUUUUCAAUUCAAAGGGAAAUUGAGCUUAUUUUUGUUAAUCCAUGGGCUCAAUGAUUUUUCUGGCUUUAAGCAUAAAUCCCACCAAUUUUGGUUCGAUUUCUCUGAAAACAAAACAUAAUAUCUUAUAUGCCAUUCUGCUUCUUGAGUAAUGUUUCCUUGUUUAAGGAUGUUUAGAUACGUUGGUAUUUUUGUCUUAUUUUCCAAUAAAACAGAAAAUGUGUUUUUUUGUGGUAUUAAAGCUAUCGCAGAUCUGCUGUUGCUAUUAACAUGUGCGAGAUGUGUGAAACAGCCUAUAAAACAAACAGAUCAUGUGACAGUAAGACUUUAAACCACAGGAUUGCACAGUAAACCUAUCACGUGAAUAACAUCCAAACCAUUGGGACUGUGAGAAAUGAAUAAACUUUUCAGCUGGAACUGGAAAUAAAAGAGGGUUUGACUCGUACACUAACCCUUUAAAAUGGUAUUUAUUGGUUUAUUUGACAGGGACAAUACAGAAUAACAUUACUACACAAGUUGAGCCGCAGAUGCUCUAUAUACAUGCUUUAGAAAAUGGACUCCGCAUUUCAGCAUGACCUCUGAUGUCUUGGUACUGUAACGAACUGCAUGAAUGCAUGUUGUGAGACUUAAACAUUAUGGUUUCAUAUCAGACUUUAAUGUACUGGAUGGUUGAAAGCUUAAUUGAGCAGUUAAAGGUGCUGUAAGCGAUUUCAGCCGCUCUACUUCCACGAGACUGAGACGUUGAAUUAGCCACGCCCCCUCUAUCCAAAACCCCACCCUCCAAAGAUACCAGAUGAGCUUUAUUGAGAGCAGAAACGGUUGUUAAAAACAACAGCAGUGAUACAGCGCCCUCAUGUGGCAACUGUUAUGAACAACAUGGCAUAAAAAUGUCAUUAAGCCUCAAUAAUUCUCUGCAGCUGCAAUACUGUGAGAACGAGCAAAAUGAUUGACAGGCAGAAAGUGUCAGAGACUGCAGACACAUUUUAAUUAUCUGUUUACAGAGUCUCGAGCGGUCAGAGACCGGUGAGAUAUCUUAUUUCAUUAAUAUCUUUCAGCGAGUAGGACAUGCUUACAGCAGCUUUAAGUUGAAAUGAAAAAGACGAAUGCAUUUUCAUUAAAUCAUUGACUAAUUAUUUAAUUUAUGGAUUAUAUUACGUUACAUACUGACAGCAGAGAAAUAUUUCAUGUAUCUCAGGUUUAUGUGAAUGUCUGGUACUGAUGCAUGUGUUUUUAAUUGCUGUUAGUGAAAAUCAAAAGUUGUAUUUAACAGAUUUGCACAUGUGAUAUACAGUUUAUUGAUAGAUGCAUACAAAUCUAAACUCAAAAUGUGAAACUUAAUACAGUGAUAACGGACAUUAAAUAUGAGCAGUCACUGGAUGUUUGUCCAAUAAAGCAAAUAAUCCACUACAGAUAAAGUUCAUUAGAUCAGGGGCAUUUUAUAACUGCAAAUAUUAGUUUAAUAAGUCACAUUUUAGUAUGUUUGUGUCGGUGAAUGUAUAGAUUAUUCAGCACUGAAAUGUAUAUCUGCACAUGAAAUAUGUCCGUGUUCUUCUCACAUCUUAAGUCAUGAAGUUUAUUUACAUUCAGAUGUUAUAAAUGAACGAAAUGAAAUGUUGAAACUUCUGCAUGAGCUUGAAUAUUUCUACUCUUCAUUUUGUUUCUCUAAUUGUGGUUUUAAAUGAUUUACACUGAAUUAUUAAUUUAUGCAAAGUGAUUAUGUCCAGUUUGCAAUUAACUUCCACCGUAUGAAAAUCUGGUGUGUUAUCAUAAACUGGAGUUUGUUUGCUCCUGUGCUGUAUUUAUCAUAUAACAAAUAAAACACAUUAUGGAAAAAUAUGUAGUUGUUUAUGUGUUUUGUUGGAUAAUGCCUGUAAUAUUUAAGAAAAGAAUGUUUUCAGCAUUAUGAACAUAAUUAAAGAGAGAUUUGUUUGUGGGUUUAUUGCAAUGUUCUGUUGCUGUCCCCAUAUCACGGGACUGUUUUGCGGCCCCUUUCAGUAUAUCGCCGCACACUUUGUCAAAUCGUGACUGGACCACCGGGAAAAGUCCCAACGCUCCCGAUGACAGUCCAGCUCUCAUUACUAAUCUCAGGGUUGGUGGUUUGAAUCCCGGCCCACACGACUCCACAUGCCGAAGUGUCCUUGGGCAAGACACUGAAACCCAAGUUGCUCCCAAUGGCAGACUAGCACCUUACAUGCAGCUGUGACAUCAUUGGUGUGUGAAUGUGUGUGUGAAUGAGUGAAUGAGUCACACAACAGACCAUUUACCAGUCAGUUUCAUUGCUAAAUAUGGAAAGAAAGCUAAUAGCAAAAAUUGUAUCGAAAAGAUUGACCAGACUGGUUUUAUUCUGGGGUGAACCUCUUGCAAUAACAGCCGUUGUUUAAUGAACAUUUUACAGUAUGGGCAACAUGCAGAGGGCACAGCUGGUGUCUCUUUGACGGUCUAGAAUGGCCAUAUC